AUGGCAGCAGCAACACCCCUGUUGAAAGAUGAGCUUGAUAUUGUGAUUCCCACAAUAAGAAAUCUUGAUUUUUUGGAGAUGUGGAGACCCUUUUUUCAGCCAUACCAUCUGAUUAUUGUUCAAGAUGGUGAUCCUUCAAAGAUCAUUAAGGUCCCUGAAGGAUUUGAUUAUGAGCUUUAUAAUCGAAAUGACAUUAACAGGAUUUUGGGUCCUAAAGCUUCUUGUAUCUCUUUUAAGGAUUCUGCUUGUAGGUGUUUUGGAUAUAUGGUGUCUAAGAAGAAGUAUAUCUACACCAUUGAUGAUGAUUGCUUUGUGGCCAAGGACCCGUCUGGUAAGGAUAUCAAUGCACUUGAGCAGCACAUCAAGAACCUCCUGUGCCCAUCCACACCGCACUUCUUCAACACUCUGUAUGAUCCAUACAGAGAUGGUGCAGAUUUCGUCCGUGGCUACCCUUUCAGCAUGCGUGAGGGUGCUCCAACAGCUGUUUCUCAUGGACUGUGGCUCAACAUCCCUGACUACGAUGCUCCCACACAGCUUGUUAAGCCUCAUGAGAGGAACACUAGAUACGUUGAUGCUGUCAUGACGAUUCCCAAAGGCACUUUGUUCCCCAUGUGUGGAAUGAACUUGGCAUUUGACCGUGAUCUCAUUGGACCUGCAAUGUACUUUGGUCUCAUGGGUGACGGUCAGCCAAUUGGUCGUUACGACGAUAUGUGGGCCGGCUGGUGUACCAAGGUCAUAUGUGACCAUUUGGGACUAGGAAUCAAGACUGGUCUGCCCUACAUUUGGCACAGCAAAGCUAGCAACCCAUUCGUUAACCUCAAAAAGGAGUACAACGGUAUCUUCUGGCAAGAGGAGAUCAUCCCCUUCUUCCAGGCUGCAACUCUUCCUAAAGAGUGCACAACCGUCCAGCAAUGCUACCUCGAGCUCUCAAAGCAGGUCAAGAAAAAACUUUCCAGUAUCGAUCCCUAUUUCACCAAGCUAGGAGAAGCCAUGGUCACAUGGAUCGAAGCUUGGGAUGAGCUCAACCCUACUGGGGACAACUUGGCUAAGCUGUCUAUCGCCGAUGGUCCAGCAAAGACUAAAAAGUAG